AUGUUGAGGGAUCAAUAUGCACGUGAACAAGAGGAAGAGAGAAACAACAUUGUUCGUGAACGUGCGAGACUUGAACGAGAAAGAUGUAGAAGAAAAAGAAAAGAAACUGAAGAAAGAGAGAUUGAGGAGGCUAUACGUCAGAAUAAUCAUGAGAAUAGAUUAAGACAAGCCAUACUAAAAAGACAUAUGCAACAAGAUUUAGACCAAACUAUGAGUGAAGAAAUUCUUAGAGAAAUGACUGAAUUAAGAGAAAUGAUGACUGCCCGAAAAAAUAGUGGAAGGAGACAAUUAGAAGAAGCAGUAGAAGAAGCUGGAAAAACACCUUUUGCAAGGAAAAUUCAAAUUGCAAUAAUACCACCAAAAUGUAAUUUACAUGUAUUCACUAGUAUAUUUGAUGGUAGUACAUGUGCUGUACAACAUAUAAAAGCUUAUAGCCGAUCUUUAUUGGAGUAUGAAGAAAAUGAUGCGAUGUUGUGUAAAUAUUUUCCUGCGAGCUUGACUGGAGAAGCCUUGCAGUGGUUUGAAGGACUACUAGUAGGAACUAUUAGAUCAUUCCGUCAUCUACAAAACAUCUUCGUAGGACAAUAUAUCAGUAACAAUAUGUCAAGACCGGGAAUUGAGACGGCCUUCGGACUUCGCAGAAGAUUCAAUGAAAGUUUGUGUCAUUUAACAACACGUUGGAGAACCAUGUGCAGUGAAAUGAUAAGACGAGUAGAUGAACGAUUUCUCAUACUAGCCUUUGUUAAUGCUCUUUUUCCUACAGAUUUAUUAUAUACACAGAUUUUCAGAAUAAAAGACACCAUCACGAUGUCGGAGUUGCGUGAAUUCCAAGAAGAGUAUACUGCCCUUGAGGAGAAGCAGAGAGACAUGGAAUCUUAUCCAGUUGCAAUGCCAAAUGCGAAUAUUGUGAAUGCAAGUUUACUCCCGAGGAUGACAAAUGUUGUUGUGAGUACAUCGCAAGGAAAUCAAGGAAAAAAUAAUACAGAGAUGGAACAAAAACUGGUAGCCAUGGGAAGCGCAGACCAGGAGGAGUUUGAAAGAGAAUAUAAAGAAGCGCAAUCCCAAGCUAGAGGAAGAAAUAACAAAAUUCAAAGAAUGGAUAAUCCCAUGGAAGGUUAUGGAGAAGAUUUUCAUGACAACAUCUUAAGUCGUGUGUAUGAGAGAGAUAAUGAUGGAAGAGAAAUCCUUAAUUUUGCGAAGAUAUCACCAUUAAAGGAUUGGCAAAAACAGGCCAUUUCGUUCAGCGCGGAAGAAACACCUGGAGGAGGAGAAUUACAUGAAUAUCCAUUAGUGGUAAAGUUGGGAAUUAAUCCAAAAGCAAAAAUAGAUGAUGAGGAUGAAGAAGAAGAUGAAUCAAAUACUUGGGCUAUAAAUAGAAUACUCAUAGAUCCUGGGAGUUCUGUUGAUAUUCUCUUUUAUCAUACGUACAAGACUAUGGGAGGAAGGGAUAACGAUUUAAUUCCUUCAACUUAA